UACGCUUAUGCCUCCGCAAGUGAUUAUAAAGGUGCUUCGGUGGAUGUCUCAUACGAUGAGGACCUCUCCUAAACAGAGGAACGUCUCUCUCAUUCUCCUUCAGAGAACUGGGGACACGCACAUGUCCUAUUGUUUUCUAUGCUUCCUUUAGCUUUGCAGCAUGUAUACUUCCAAGCCUGUGUUUGCCAAUUCUGCCUUUUUGUGUUGUGUUUGUCCAUCCUUCUUCAGUGGGCCGUGUGCCCCCUCGCUUCUCCGUCCUUCCCGAGAACCACGAGCUCAUGCCAGGAGGAAGUGUCAACCUCACCUGUGUGGCCGUGGGGUCACCCAUGCCCUCCGUCAAAUGGAUGCUUGGGUCUGAGGAUCUGACACCAGAGGACUCGACGCCAAUUGGCCGAAAUGUGUUGGAGCUGAUGAAUGCGCAACAGUCAGCCAACUACACCUGUGUGGCGAUGAGUUCCCUGGGCACGAUCUCAGCAGAGGUCAAAGUCAAAUGUGUGGAGGAGACUUGUCCCAAUUGAACCACACGGGGGCGACAGAGAGGAGGUGUACAGCAGCUGGACUGUGUACACCGUGAGGACCCUGGCUGUUUUUAUUUGUAAGACGGUGGGGGUAUCACUUGGGAAUAAUACACACCUACUCAAAAGGAUAGUACAAAAGGGGAGACUAGAUUAAAGAUUGUGCCUCUCACUGAUCAUAGGGCAUUUGAUCACUCUGCUGUUGGGUUAUUAUAUAGUGUACUGCCGUGCAACACAAGAACGCAGUAACUCAAAAUGGUCGAUUUUUUUAAAUAUCGGAAAUGGGUUCUAAACUACCUCAUUUGUCUUGUGUCCAAAAAUGGUGGUGCAACACCGUCCUGUUUUGGAGAAAACUCAUUUUGAAAGUGCAAAAAUGACCCAAAAAAAGUUAAACAAAACGCAGUAAGUCGGCGAGUUACUGCUGCACGUUCCAAUGGGACUGGUUUGGGAGUAGACAGUAAUACAAGCUAAGAACGCAGUAACUCCUGCAGUAACUCCAUUUUGUGGCAGUAAUACCAGCCAAGAACGCAGUAACUCUGUUUUUUGU